AUGCCAUUGCAAAAUCUUUCCACCUCACCCACGGACAAAAAGCAAUACCUGGACAUCAUUCAUUCGUACAUGGAAGUGCACGGCACGGUCCACGGCACGAGUACGGUCCACCUGCCGGCCUACGUGAAGAACCACGGCAUCCUCAGCGGACGGGACCUCCAGUUCCUCCUGCGCGAGACCCAAGGUCUGAAUCAACAAACUCCUUUUCUAUUUGUCGGACUGUCCUUCCCGUACGAGGGACCCGCCCCCCUGGAGGCCAUAGCCAAUGGCUGCACUUUCCUCAACCCAAGGUUCGACCCUCCUAAAAGCAGCAAAAACACCGAUUUCUUCAAGGGCAAACCCACACUCAGAGAGCUGACCUCCCAGCACCCUUAUGCUGAGGUUUACAUCGGAAGGCCACAUGUCUGGACCGUCAACAUAGAUGAUCCAGCAGAGGUGCAGAACGCCAUUAAAGCCAUCCUCAGUCAGAAGAUCGAGCCGUAUCUGCCGUAUGAGUUCACCUGUGAAGGGAUGUUACAGCGCGUCAACGCUUUCAUCAAGAACCAGGAUUUCUGUCACGGUCAGGUGAUGUGGCCUCCUCUCAGCGCCAUGCAGGUCAAGUUCGCUCCGGCAGGUAAAUCCUGCAAGCAGGUGUGUCAGGAAGAGCAGCUGAUCUGUGAACCCUCUUUCUUCCAGCAUCUCAAUAAAGACAAGGAUCUGUUCAGGUAUGGUGUGGAGUGUAAGACGGUGGAGUCCACCAGCGAUAUCGUCGUCCCCGCCUUCAGCGAAUCAGUGCAGCAUUGCGUGUUCCAGUCGGACCUGCUGCUGUUCAGCUGCGCCGGGGCCCAUCAGUCCCUCACGCGCAUCUGUCCCUGCAGAGACUACAUGAAAGGACAGGUGGCGCUGUGUAAGGACUGCUUAUAACACACACGCGCACACCACACACACUUCGGCAACCCCAUACGACCAACCUGGCGGUUCAUCACCCGCCGCACUGGACGGGACCGGACUAUUACACAGCGCACUGCUGACAGAGCCAGUGUUGUAACGUGCGGUGAUUCGAUUAAAGAAUUCAGAGGAAUUCAACUCUUGUUUUAUUCCCAUAAACUCACAAAAAAAUUGAAAGAAAUGGAAACGCUGGAGUGCGGCAGCUCUCGGCUCUUGGCCGGAAAAAAAAAAAAAAAAAACGAAGGAUGGAAAGAAAAGAAAAAUAUUUAUUUUGCUGGAUUUUUUUUUUUUUUUUGCACACAAACUUGAACUAGUUUUAGGCUGACAUACUUGAAGCGGAUUGCAGGGAAUCAGAACACUGCCCCCUGCUGGCAUGGAGGAAACACUGACGUUUAUUAGCCCAGUUCUUCAUUCUACUGUUUUUGUUUGUUUGUUCGGUUUUUUUUUUUUUUCCUCUCUCUGAGGUGACUUUCAUCAUUGGACCAAGUCUGACGACUGACUCUGAAAAGCACCUUUGACCAUUUUGAAGACUCAAACUGAGUGCGUGUUUAUUUGUGUGUGCGAGUGCGCUUGUUAUUGGGGAAAUUUCCCCAGUUUUACACUGUAACUGAACUUUCAAUGUACUGGCUCCGUGAAAUGAUGCGUUCACAUGUAAAUAACAGAUGCUGAAACGUAAACACACGGUCCGCUUUAUUCUGCACGGUAGUUUACUUGUUAACAGCAGAUGCUAACACUGCGAACAAUCCACGUUAAAUAUCGCAGUACUGCACUAGUCAACUGCCAGGUGGGAUGUUUAAGUGAAAUACACAUGUCGCAAACCAGCCAGUAUGAAGUAGAACGCAAUCCAACAGACCAAACUAACUGUUAAACUAGUAGAUUGAAUUCAACUAAAUUGGGACAUAUUUUACUGUCGCGUUAAUUGGCAAAAAGUGGCCCAGUUUACCUGAAUGAACAUUAUAUCACGGCUUUCAGAUGAUCUGUGUGUGGAUAAGGUAAAUACCAAUAAGAUCACAGAUAUUUCUGUAAAAUUUUAUCUUUAUUUGUAUAAAAAAAAGAAAUAUAUAUCUGUAUAAAAACAAAGUGUACAUUACUAGGAUAAAAUACUUUAUUUUGUGUUAAAAACACAGAUUGGCCUUGGCUUUUUGUUUCAUUUUUAUUUUGCGCGAUAUUCUUGAAUUUGCCUGCUUAUUAUUGAAAAAUGUCCAAAUUAGAAUUAUUUAGAGUUAUUUGUGUUUUGGAAUGAAACUGCACUAUAGCGAAGAUUUAACAUCAGAUAUUACAACACUGUACAAUUGUUUUAAAGUUUUGUUUUUUUUAUUUAUUUUGUAUACAGACCAUUAUCUCUGCCUGUUGAUUUCUAUGUGUCUAUUUAUAGAAGAGAAAAUUCUUUAUAGAGGGAAAUAUUAUUUAUCAGACUAAUUUAAGUAUAUGUGCAUAUGCUUGUCCAGAGUACUGUCUGAAA